GUUGAUCAAGAGAAAGGACAUGCUGUUCCAUGUGCAGUGGACCUGAUUCAUAUUGGCAUGAGGCAGCAAGGAGAAGCGCCAGGGAAGUUGUAAUCUGCUGUAUGAUGGUCUCCAUGUGUAGAGCCUCUCUACUCAUGACCUUGAUGCCAGCUUCUGAGCAUCUCAGCAGGGAGUUGCGUGCGGACAGCGCUGCAAUUGCUGCUUACGGAGAUCUCAAGCAACGCAGCCUGUGCUUAGCUCAGCGGAGGCGGACCGGUGACAGAUCCUUGUCAUCAUAUGAGAGGAAAGCAAGCUCGAACUCUGUCAAUAUGUGUAUUUGAGGUGGCCUGUGAUUUGAGGGAGUGACCGCAUUGAAUCGCUGAGAGACCUUGUCCAGAGACCGGAAAGUUGUUGUGGUUUCAGUAGCAAUACUCAAGAUGCUGCCAACUAGCCGCCGGGAUCGCUAUGACAAUGCGAAGGGACGGCGUGGGGGCAUCCUUAAGACGCUGCUGCGCAAGGAGGGGCGCCUCAUCCGCCAGCUAAUUGUGCUCCUACUCUUCGCUGCUGUGGCGCUUUUCGUCUUUUGGUCGCUUUCAAACACAAAUGCCCCCGCGAGCUCCACCGCUGACGACACGGCCACCGCACUCCCCUCAGAGGACUCCUUAUCGACGACCAACAAGCUGAGCGACACGGCAGUUUUGAAGGAGGCUGAAGCCAAGCCGCUGCCAUCGGUAGAGGCGAUUCCACGUGUUGCCUUUGGGGGCAAGCGGUUCUUGCCUUUGGCUGUGGAGGAGGAGGGUUUCAGUGAGGAGCGCGUUUCGCAAACGGAGGGUGACAAAAGCGGUGGCGAAGUGCAAAGCCAGGAGGGAGAUGCGGGGGGCAAAGAUUGGGGACGAUUGAGGAGGGGAGAUUUGGAGGGAGACACACGGAAAGAGGAUCUUGGCAAGACGGGAGAGGCAGAAAAGGAGGUCAGCGAAGGGGAGUCUGGGGACAUGCAGGGUUCGGUGUUGAACGCCGAAGUGUUGGGCCUUGCGGAGGAUCCGGACGACGGGCCUUGGACCAAACCUGCGGAGGAGAAGGGUUCGGGUAAGCCUCGAAAGGAGGCGAAGAUAGAACAGUUGGCGGAUCUGUUGCACGAGCUGGACGAGGCGCCAAAGAAGGAGGACAAGGUCCACACGGAAAGAGCGGAAGAGCGCAGCGGGGACGGGGAGAAGGCAAAGGAGGGGCUGAGGGGGCGGAAGGUUGAGGCCGGCAAGACGAGCAAGGAGAGAGACGCUGUCGAAGUGCAGGAGUCUCUAGAUGGUGUUGCAGAAGAUGAUCAAGGUCAAGACGGCACGAGGAUUUCUGACACGGGGGGGCUGAUUCGGAAAGAAGCCGAGGGAGGGGGAUCAGGCGCCGCCAGAAGCGGGGGGGGAGAGCUGGAAGAAGACGCUGGUUUGCAGUGGAAGAGGGAUGAGAAUGAGGGGGACGCAGUGGUGAGAGUAAUCAAAAGCCCAAGCAAGGAGGAUGAACCAAGUAUUGGCGCAGGCAAGAAAGAAGAGCCCGUCGGCAAGGUGAUCAAAAGCCCCAGCAAGGUGGCCGGUUCACACUCUGCCGAGUGGGAGAAAAGGCGGCAACUAGUCGUGGCAGCUUUUGAGGACUCAUGGGGGGCGUACCGGAAGCACGCGUGGGGACACGACGAGCUGCGGCCGGAGAGCCGCCAAGGGGAGGACGGCCUGGGCGGUUUAGGCGCGACAAUUGUUGACGCCCUCGACACCGCAAUGAUCAUGGGCCUCGGAGACAUUGUCUCGGACGCCGGAAACUGGAUCGACCGCGAGCUGCCGGGCCGCUUAGCGGGCCAGGGUUACGUUAACCUGUUCGAAACCACGAUCCGCGUCCUGGGGGGGUUGUUGAGCGCGUACCAUCUCAGCGGGGGGGGCGGCGCGGACCUGGCGCUUGCGGGGGGGGCGGUGAGAUCGCAGGGGAGGGGACCCCCCCCUGAGGUGUACCUAAAGCGGGCAGAGGACCUGGGGGAGCGGCUGAUGUCAGCGUUCUCAAGUCCGACGGCAGUGCCGUUCUCUGACGUCCACCUGGCGAAUAAGGAGGGCAAGCCGGCGCAGUUUGACGGGGGGUCGAGCAGCACCGCGGAGGUGGCGACUUUGGGCCUGGAGUUUUGUUACCUGAGCAAGUUAACCAAUAACCCCCGGUACUGCGACGCCGCUCUCGGGGUGGUCAAGCACAUCCAAAAGCAGCACAGCGUCGACGGCUUGGUGCCGAUUUUCAUCAACCCGCAUUCCGGCCAUUUUGACGGAAACAACAUCCGGCUCGGGUCGCGCGGCGACAGCUACUACGAGUACCUCAUCAAGGUGUGGAUGCAGCGGGGGGGUGCGGAGUCAGGUGAGAGCUCCGACGUGCGGUGGCUGCGUGAGAUGUGGGACGAGUCGAUGGCCGGCGUCAAGGGCCGCCUGCUCGGCUCCUCCAUUCCGUCCGGGCUGCUGUUCGUGGGCGAGCGGCCGGACGGACUGCGAGCGGAAUUGUCGCCCAAAAUGGACCAUUUGGUGUGUUUUCUGGCGGGUGCGCUUGCGUUGGGCGCCACGAAAGGCCGCACUGUCGAGGAGGCGAUGUCAGCAGGCGACUUUUCUGACGUGGACAAGGAAGACCUGCGGGUUGCGCAGGAGCUUACCCGCACGUGCUACGCGAUGUAUGAAGUCACUAUCACGGGGCUGGCGCCUGAGAUUGCGUACUUCAACAUAGGGGGUGGCGUGCACGGCAUGCCUCCCGGAAACCCGAAGAGCAAGUACCUAGAAGACAUUGUCAUACAGCCUUUGGAUCGGCACAACUUGCUACGUCCCGAGACAGUCGAGUCGCUGUUCGUCUUGUACCGGAUCACGGGCGACGAGCAGUACCGACAAUGGGGAUGGGACAUCUUCAAAAGCCUCGAGGCGCACGCGAAAGUCGCCACGGGGGGCUACUCGUCACUCCAUGACGUGACCAAAAUCCCUGCCCCCAAGAGGGAUAAGAUGGAAACCUUCUUUUUGGGAGAGACUUUGAAGUACUUGUACCUGCUGUUGUCCGACUCGGAUGUGUUGCCGCUUGAUAGAUACGUGUUUAAUACCGAGGCGCAUCCGUUGCCGGUUUGGGAGGCUGAUGUAGAGAAGUUGAGCCGGCAAAUAGAUUCGAAGCACGAACCCAAGACCGAAAGGUGACCGCACAGGAGAAGGUUUUCAUUGCACGCAUCCUUGUUAAUCAGGUGACCGGACAGUCGUUGUUUAAAAGACUGCCGUACAAUGGCUGGCAGUGUGGACGGGAGAGCAUGUUAUAACAAAGCAUGGUAGCUGUUCUCAAGAGCUUAAGGCGUGCGGCUGGUCACUCAAGCUGGAUACAGAAACGGAGUCCAAAUCCAGUAUGCGUUAGUGUUCGUGGCGG